GAGGGGACAGGAGGAGGAGAGCAGAGAGAGAGGAGUGGCUGAAGAGGAGAGGAGUGUGUGUGAGUGUCUGCUCAGUGAGGAGGAUCAGAGAGGCAAGACUGAGUGUGUGUGUGUGAGUGUGUGUGUGUGAGUGUUCAGUGAAGAAGCGUAACAAGGUGAGAGAGAGGAGUGUGUGCUGUGGAGACUCAGACACAGGGAGUGUGUGUUUGCAAGUCGAGAGAGUGUGUUAGUGUAUUUGCCCAGUGGAAGAGUGCGCGAGCGUGUGUGUGUGUGUGUGAGUUGUCGUCAGCAUGUCUCUGUGCUGGUGUGUGUCGCUGGUCGCUGUCACCCUCGUGUUGGUGCCACACACACGCGCACAAUCCUUCCUCGACGCCUUCCCCUUCCCACCAGCUCCCCAGGUCGAUGCUGGUUUGCGGCUGCCGUUCGUUCCGUGUUGUCUGUUGACUCCGCCUCCUCCCCCCCCCUCCCCCCCCCACCCCCACAUAUUGAGACGCCUCCCACGGCAGGAUCGUGAUCAUGAUGGUAAUGGUGGUGAUGAUGGUGAUGACAGGGAGCCGAUCGUGCCUGUUGUUCCCUCCACGCCUUGCCCCUCCCCCACCCCCGGCACCAGCAGCCCCCCCGGACCCCCCGGACCCCCUGGACCACACGGACCCCAGGGUCCUCCAGGGCUACCGGGCAUCAGGGGACCAAAAGGAGAGAAGGGUGAGAUUGGGAGGCCAGGUCAGAAGGGGCGUACAGGUCCUCCAGGGCUUCCAGGGAGACAAGGACCAGCAGGAUGGCAAGGACCCAUCGGACCCAAGGGGGAGAAAGGUGACCCCGGGCUGAUGGGUAUGCCAGGAGCCAGAGGACCACUAGGAGCAAAGGGCUUACCUGGCUAUAAAGGUGAAAAGGGGUCACGAGGAGACCAAGGGGACUUUGGACAGAAAGGAGAGAAGGGUUCCAUGGGUUUAGCUGGAAUGCUGGGGCAGAAGGGUGAGAUGGGUCCUAAAGGAGAGCCUGGAAUCUCAGGGAACCGCGGCCCCACCGGCCGACCGGGGAAGAGAGGCAAGCAGGGUUCUAAGGGCGACUCGGGGGUGAUCGGGCCGAGCGGGCCGCUGGGUCCUCAGGGGCCUCCAGGAUUACCAGGACCCCCAGGGGUACCAGCAUCAGGUCUCUACAUGGUGGGUCCUAAGGGUCAGAAGGGAUCGGCUGGAGCCCCCGGCCAAUGCAGCUGCCCCCCCUCAAACACACACACACCCCUCAACCUGCACGCCGACCACAGGGGAGCCUACCCUAAAGUACCAGCCAUCUUCGUGGUGGAUAACGGGGAGGAGUUGAACGGUCUCCAGUACGACAACGCGCUGGCCUUCCGGAAGGACCAGAGAUCACUUUACUUCAAAGACGACGGAGGAUGGAUGCCCAUACAGUUGACUCCAUGGCAGUCUAUGGAGAGUGAGCGUGUUCCGGAACCCGAUGGUUACUGUGGCGACGGGAUUCCGCAGGCGGGAGAGGAGUGUGACGACGGAAACAAGGUGGUGACAGACAGCUGCAUACGGUGUAAGCAUGCGUUCUGUGGGGACGGUUACCGCCACGAGGGUCGUGAGGAGUGUGACGGGAAAGACUUCGGAUACCAGAACUGCAAGACCUACUUACCUGGGUCUUACGGUCAGUUGAGGUGUACUCCCGACUGCUUCAUCGACUCCACCCACUGCAAGUACUUCUCCUGAGCAACCGUCACCUGGAAACCACAACCUGGCAACCGCACCUAGCAACCAUCACCUAGCAACUGCCAGCUAGUAACCACAACCUAGCAACUGACUCAGGUCACCAUAGCGACGAGAAGAAAGAUGAUCCAGAUUCAGACUGUGGGCGGUGACCUAUCAUGACCUCUCCAUCAUCACACCUGACUCCUCCCCCAUCAUCACACCUGACUCCUCCCCCAUCACACCUGACUCCUCCCCCGUCACACCUGACUCCUCUGGUGGGUGUUGAUCUCCUGCGCUGAUUCCUCCCCCAUCAUACCUGACUCCGCCCCCUGUCACGCCUAACUCCUCCCCCAUCACCUGUCAGCUUGACUCCCCCCACUCCAACUAUGACUCCACCCCCAACUCUGACUCCAACCCCAGUGUGCUGUGGACCGUGUUGUCUAUACUGUAUGUAAAUGCCUCUUCAGCAUGCUGACUCCUUCAACACACACACACACACACACACACACACACACACACACACACACACACUAGAUAUGUAAAUACGUCUUCAGCAUGGUGACUCGUUUUGCUAGCUAGCAUGUUAAACUGUACUAUACUACAUAUAAGACGCCACACACACACUCAAGACCUACUGUAAACUACAUUCACACACACACACACACAAGACCUACUGUAAACUACAUUCUCACACACACACACACACACACACACACACACACACACACACACACACACACACACAAGACCUACUGUAAACUACAUUCUCACACACACACACACACACACACACACACACACACACACACACACACACACACACACUCAAGACCUACUGUAAACUACAUUCACACACACACACACACACACACACACACACACACACACACACACACACACACACACACUCACACUGCUGUAGCCUAACUGUACCAGACCACAGAUGUACUCCACUCAGACGUUACCAUGGAUACCACUCAGACCAUAGAAACCACACAUGUACUCCACUCAGACGUUACCAUGGAUACCGCACAUGUACUCCACUCAGAUGUUCCUGCACACUGUCUUGGUUCCCAUUGGCAAGCUACUAAGAUGCUAACUAGUUAGCAACAAUGCUUUUGAGAAACGGGGUCCUGGUCAAGACAAGGCCACUUGUGGAGCACUUCCUGUAGUCACCAUGGCAACAGUGGAGCACUUCCUGUUACUAUUGUGCUGCUACAUACAUGCUGUUACUAUGGUCACAUGCUGUUAAAACUGAGCUGUGAAACUGUUCGAGCUGUUAAACUGUUACCUGUGUGUGUGUGUGAGUGUGUGCGUUCUAGAACUGUUAAAUGGUUAGGGGCGUUGUCUGUAUUGUAUGCAGGUUGUGAAUGAUCUUGUUUUGGCCCGCUUUGCUUGAGUUCCCCUUUUCCUGACCCUCUAGCCCUGCGCCGAACUGCAAUACACGGCUAACUAACUCACAGGUAGAAACCUGAUGGGUACAUAGCCUAGCAUGCUAACCCUUAAGCCUAAUGGGUAUGUUGUCUAGCCUGCUAACCCAUAAGCCUAAUGGGUAUGUAGCCUAGCCUGGUAACCCUAACCUCUAAGGCUAAUGGGUACAUAGCCUAGCCUGCUAACCCUUAAGCCUAAUGGGUAUGUAGCCUAGCCUGGUAACCCUUAAGCAUAAUGGGUACUAUACGUAGCCUAGCCUGCUAACCCUUAAGCCUAAUGGGUAUGUAGUCUAGCAUGCUAACCCUUAAGCAUAAUGGGUACGUAACCUAGCCUGGUAACCCUUAAGCGUAAUGGGUAUGUAGUCUAGCAUGCUA